AUGUUGAAACGAGUUGAAAAGCGCCGUAGAAAGAAGCAAGAGGAAGAAGAGAUUGGUCUUGAUGAGGACAUGAAGGAGAUUUUGGGGAUGCACGAUACUGACUCCGAUGAGUCUACUUCAGAGUCGGGCUCCGGUGGGUCCUCUGGACAGGAAGAUGAAGAAGACGAUGGAAUGGACCCAGGUGUAGAUGCCGAGGAAGCGUUGUCAGACGAAGAGGACGAGGAGGACAAAGAUGGAGACGCAGAAGAGGAUCCGGAAGUCAGUGUCGGCCAAGCACUGAAAGACCCCGUCUAUGUGGUUUCUGUCAUGCCCGAAGUCAGAGCGUGCAUAGUGUGCCCUGGAAAGCUGCUCAAGGGCAUCAAGAUGGUGGACCUGCACAGAACCUCUAAUGCAUGUACGCUUUCGUUGGCACAUGAACGACGUUUAAAGCAAUUUAAAGCAACUGCAGCUCAUGCAGAUUCUAACGAAAGUGCCUGGGAGGUCUUGAAGCAACAUUCUGAAGAGAAACCGAAGUUAUCCUUGGAGCCUUCUACCUCUGGGACCUCUAAACGAGCGGAAAAGAAGAAAGCGAGACAGGCACACCUGAAGCUGCGGCGUGAAAAGAGUCAAGAAAGGAAAGCCCAAAAGGCGUCCAAGCUGAAGAAGACACUCCCGACCCCUGCGCAAAAACUUGUUUCUGAGUCUUCCUUGUCGGCCAAAGGAACUUCAAAAGCAGAAUUGACUUCAGUCAAGCCCAAGCAAACAAAAAAGCGCGCCAGUAAAGCAUCAGACUCCACCACGACAUCAUCACCUACAAAGAAGCGAAAAUUGGAAACGAGCAGCCAGAAGAAGCCCUCGUCAAUUGCACCUUCUCAAACUGAAGUCCUUCAGAAGCCAACCGUCGUUGAACCAUCCUCUCAUCCAGAGAAACAGACGAAGUCGAAGGGCGAAGAUAAAGGAAAGAACCAAGUUUCUGCAGACCCAAUCAAUGGUGGAUCGAAAUCAUCUCUUGCUAUCCAAAGGAAGGAAAGCAUCAGGGAUAUCGUUCGCUCCACAGGUGACCGGGCCAAGAAUGCGCGUUCACGAGCCAUAAAUGCGUCAAAAGGGACGAAAGGUAAAUCACCUCAGAAGGCGGUAGCUGUAUCGUAA